UUACCUUGCUGGAUUCCAGAUCGGUUCAGGGAGAACUGGGGUGGAUAGCGAGUCCCCUGGAAGGAGGGUGGGAGGAAGUAAGCAUUAUGGAUGAGAAGAACACUCCGAUCCGCACCUAUCAAGUCUGCAAUGUGAUGGAGCCCAGUCAGAAUAACUGGUUACGAACUGAUUGGAUUCCCCGUGAGGGGGCUCAAAGGGUAUAUAUUGAAAUCAAGUUCACGUUAAGAGACUGCAACAGCCUGCCAGGUGUCAUGGGAACUUGCAAAGAAACUUUCAACCUUUAUUACUAUGAAUCAAACAAUGAUAAGGAGCGUUUCAUUCGAGAGAGCCAGUUUGCCAAGAUUGACACCAUUGCUGCUGAUGAGAGCUUCACCCAGGUGGACAUCGGUGACAGGAUCAUGAAGCUGAAUACAGAGAUACGGGAUGUGGGACCGCUCAGCAAGAAAGGGUUUUACUUGGCUUUUCAGGACGUCGGCGCCUGCAUUGCUUUGGUGUCUGUUCGCGUCUUCUAUAAGAAGUGCCCGCUGACAGUUCGAAACCUGGCACAGUUUCCAGACACCAUUACCGGGGCUGAUACAUCCUCUCUGGUGGAGGUUCGCGGCUCCUGUGUCAACAACUCGGAAGAGAAGGAUGUGCCAAAAAUGUACUGUGGGGCAGAUGGCGAAUGGCUGGUGCCCAUUGGCAACUGCCUGUGCAAUGCUGGCUACGAAGAACGUAAUGGUGAAUGCCAAG